UCUGAAUUAAGUGUCAAAACCAAAACAGCAGUUUUUAUUUUGUACAAUUUGUUCUAGAUUUUUUUAUUUAUUUAAGACGUAUUAAAAAUCUGCGUUGACUAUUCCGUGCUAUAAUGAAUUAAAGAAAUGACCGCAGUAUUGAUCAAUUAACUAGGUUGGGAGGACGUUUUUAGAACACAACAGUCCCAACUUUAGAUCCAGCAUGGAUGACGUUCCAAAUGCAGAUAUAUGCAGGGUUUGUAGGUCGGAGGCUUCGUCCGAUCGACCUCUCUUCCACCCUUGCAUUUGUACUGGAAGUAUUAAAUGGAUACACCAAGAGUGCUUGAUGCAAUGGAUGAGAUAUUCCAGGAAGGAAUAUUGCGAACUUUGCGGCUACAGGUUCUCGUUUACUCCAAUAUAUUCCCCGGACAUGCCUCGCAGGCUGCCCGUUAAGGAUUUAGCCGCCGGUUUACUAUCUUCGGUUGCUACAGCCGUAACCUAUUGGUUUCAUUACACUCUCGUCGGAGCUGCGUGGUUGGGAAUAGUACCGUUAACGGCUUGUAGAAUUUACAGGGCAUUGUUCGCAGACACAGUCGAUGCUGUGUUAACGCUACCUUUCGAAAUGCUUUCGAUGGAAAACCUGGCGUCGGACAUAUUCCAAGGCUUCUUCGUUGUUACCUGCACUCUAUUCGCUUUUGCCGGAUUAGUUUGGCUAAGGGAGCAGAUUUUACACGGUGGAGGUCCGGAUUGGUUGCAGAGAGAUAACGUCGUUCAAGAGGAGCCGGCUCAAGUAUUAGAAAACAUCCCGGAAGAAAUGCCCGGCGAGGUCGAAGAAAACGGCCAACAAGGUGCAGGCGCAGUUCCUGCGGCUCAAGCGAAUCAAGAUCAACAGGAAGAUGGCGACGUUAACGUUGGCGAAGACAACAAUUGGAUACCGAUGGAAUGGGACAGAGCCGCCGAAGAAAUAACAUGGGAACGUCUGUUAGGUCUAGACGGUUCUUUGAUGUUCCUCGAACACGUAUUCUGGGUGAUAUCCUUAAACACUCUGUUCAUAUUGAUAUUCGCCUACGCCCCUUACCACAUGGGGCUGUUUACCCUAUCUGUAUUUAACAUGAGAGAUGCCGCGGCCGCGAGUCACUUCGAAGGUCUCCUUACCACUCUUGUAGGCUAUUGCGCUGUGGGAAUUUGGUUCGUUAUACUGCACAGAGUAGCGGCUUGGUUGGGUUUUAACAAAGCCAAAAGAAUAUUAGGUCUUUGCUACGUGGUGGUUAAAGUAUCAAUGUUGAGCGUCGUGGAAAUCGGUAUAAUUCCACUGGUUUGCGGCUGGUGGUUGGAUAUCUGCUCGUUGGCGAUGUUCGAUGCCUCGUUGAAGGACAGAGAAAGCACUUUCAGAACUGCACCGGGUACAUCCAUUUUUAUACAUUGGCUAAUAGGAAUGGUGUACGUGUAUUAUUUCGCUUCGUUCAUCCUAUUAUUGAGGGAAAUCCUGCGACCGGGAGUCCUGUGGUUUUUGCGGAACUUCAACGAUCCCGAUUUUAGUCCCAUACAAGAAAUGAUCCAUUUGCCGAUAUUAGAACACAUAAGAAAGUUGCUGAUAUCCGCCGUUAUAUUCGGUAGCGCCGUGCUGCUGAUGCUGUGGCUUCCCAUCAGGAUAUUGAAGAUUUUGUUACCGAAAUUUCUGCCGUACACCGUCUCGCUGAACAACAACGAUUCGCAGGUAAACGAAUUGUCGUUGGAGUUGCUUCUGUUGCAAGUCAUUCUGCCGGCUUUGCUGGAGCAAUCGCACACGAGGAUUUGGUUGAAAGGAUUGGUUAGAAAUUGGUGCAGAGUAGUCGCUUGGAUACUUAACAUUCACUCGUAUUUACUGGGAGAUAACGAUAAAAAGGAUAGCGAUGAAGCCGAGCAGAAUGGUAACCAACAACAAAAUCAACCGGAGGUUGGUGCCGGACUCGGAGCUGUACAUCAAGCUUUGUUCAUGAUGGAACCUCCAACAGGUUUCCAGCCGUACGUAAGACCAUCGUUCUUCUUGGCUAGACUGGUAGGUCUGCUAGUCUCCAUUUGCAUGUCGCUGGUUCUCUCGAGUUUGAUCGCCCUUACGGUGCCCGUUUGGCUCGGCAGGAGCGUCAUGUCGCUGUGGCUGGUCGGCGCGCCGCCCCCGGCGCCUCAAAUAUCCGCCACCACCGAUGCCCAAACGGAGGUGAAGGUGCACGAGUUGUACACGGCGGCGUGCGGCCUGUACCUGUGCUGGCUGGCGGCGAGGGCUAUUAGCUUGGUGUUGGGUUGGUUGCCGCAAGGCAGGGCCGCCAUGCUCGAUCGCCUCAAGCAAUGGUGCAUAUUGGGACUGAAAACGAUCGUGGCCAGUACGAUUCUAUUGGGAAUCAUACCGUUGUUGUUCGGUUUGUUGUUGGAGCUCGUCGUUAUAAUUCCUUUGAGGGUGCCGAUUCACCAAACGCCCAUAUUGUUCAUAUGGCAGGAUUGGGCGUUGGGGGUGCUUUAUACGAAGAUAGCUUGCGCUAUAACGAUGAUGGGGCCGGAUUGGUUCCUUCGGGCUGCCAUCGAAAGGGCUUACAGGGACGGUAUUCGAGACAUGAAUUUGACUUACAUAUUCAAGGAGCUGGCGGCGCCCGUUAUAAUUAGCUUCGGGCUGGCUCUGGCCAUACCGUACGUUAUAGCUUAUUCGUUCGUGCCGCUGUUUGUGACUAACCUGCAGUUGAAGAAUUUCAUAGCGAGGCGAUUGUAUCCGUUCCUGCUGCUGGUGCUCGUCGUGGCGGCCAUCAUUAAUCUACAAAUUAGACAGUUUAAGAAAUUGUACGAGCACAUCAAGAACGAUAAAUAUUUAGUGGGACAGAGAUUGGUGAACUACGAUCAUAGAAAAAAGGCCCAGGCUGCCGGUUGAGAUGCGAUAAACAUAAAUUACGUUUGGACUAAAUGUGAAAAUUUACAUUUUAUUAUAGUCGUUCGAUUUUGUUUUCUUAUAUUGCCCAUGGCAUAAAUUGUAUGUGAUAAAUAGAAAUCCUUUAAUAUUAUAAUCGCACUUAGAGUCGAAUAUUAAAUGUAAUUAUAUUAAUAACGAUUCUUAUAGCUUUAUUUUGCUCAAUUGCGUUUUAUUAUAUGAAAAUUUAGGUUUUUAUGGUAUAAAUUUCAUUGGUUAAUAUGUAAUUUCGAGUAGGUACUUUGUUAAUUUUCGGGAUUGUUUUUUUUUAUCUCAUAUGAAAUUAUUUGUUGUAAUUGUCUAAGCGGUGUGAUGUAUAUAAAUGGCUUUAUUAGAGGUACUUUCGAAGCACUUAUUGGGAAUUUUUCGAUCAACCUUCUUAUUUGCUUAGGUAUUUAAAUGUACAAGUUGCGCUAAUGGUUAUUAUUUAACUAACUGUAAACUUGUAUGUAUUUGGUUUUAGGCAAAGCGCACUGUACUUCAUCGAAAAACUGAUGUGUAAAUUAUUUAUUUUUAUGAAUUAAAAAUAUUAAUAUAGUC